AUGGCUUUCAAUGUUAAACUACUUAAUUCACGUUUUGUGGCAAACCUUCAAGAAGAACCAAAACAAAUGUUAACUCCAAUUAUUGGCUAUGAAAAAGAGCCUCUUCUCCCGUUAGAGGAAGCUUGUGAGCCUCUUAAUACAAUUCUGAAAGAUUUACCGCAACAGAUAUGGGUUGCAAAACAAAACUGUAAAGAGCCUAGUGAUGGUCUGACUCAAGAUGAGUCAGCAGCGAUUUAUUUGUACACAAUGGAAUGGAGCGUGUCAAAAGAAAGUCUUUAUUCUAUUUUAAAUUGUGCAUUGAGACAAGCUGAUCGUGGAAAUCUCAUACCGUGGUUUCGCUAUUUGAAGUUACUGUUUACUGCUUUAUAUAAACUACCAUCUGAAUCACAUCGGACAGUUUGGAGAGGCGUGAAUGCUGAUAUAAGCAGUGAUUACUCACAUGGUGAUAAGAAAGUGUGGUGGUCGUUAAGUUCUUGUACAUCAACACUAAAAAUUUUGGAAUUACCUCAAUAUUUAGGCAAAUCAGGUGUAAGAACACUAUUCUCAAUCGAAACAUCAAAUGGAAAAUCGAUCCGAGCACAUUCGUAUUUUAAAACAGUAGAUGAAAUUUUACUACUUCCAGGUUCAUAUUUCCACGUGGCAAGUGUAGUUUCACCCGCUGAUGGUCCUCAUAUCAUCCAUUUAAAAGAAAAACAACCACCUUUUCUUCUCCUACAACCACCAUUCGAUGGAGCUGCUAUUCGACAACGGAACCCUACCAGUGCUGCAUUGGAAAGUUAUUUUUCAAAACAACAAAAAACAACAACAAAUAAUCAAAGUAAAAAAGAUAAGAAAAAAUUUCUUCAUGUUAAAUCUAUCAUUUCUUUGAACAGACCGCAAUGCGUGAAUAUUACGAAAAAAAAUAGUUUACUUUUUCAACGGAAUUUUACUACGAGAAAAGUAGAACAGCCUUGGGCUUCCAUUCCAGCUAAACCAAGAAAAACGAAAACAAAAAUUCUACUUUCUACACGAGAAUCCUAUUCAUUUAUGCUUUGA